CUACUAAGCAGACAUAUUGGGAAUUUAUUCUUUGGUUAAAAGAUUAACCUUUGAGACUGCGUGCCGUCAUAGCAGUCACGUCACGCUCUGUACCGCUCCCCACCGUUGCCCUGUAGCAGCAGCCGCAGCCCCCGAUGCCAGCCCCAGAGGCCUCCCGUACCCAGGUCCAGGUCCCGGCUCCACCGCCGCUGUCCAGUCAGUUCACUGCUACUCCCAGGGGGUUGCAUGAAACAGAUGGGGAGUUUGAUGCUCACCGGGUGACAUACUUCAACAAGCCAGAUAUUGACGCCUGGGAAUUGUGUAAAGGGAUGAACACGCUUGUUGGCUAUACUCUGGUUCCAGAACCUAAAAUCAUUGAUGCUGCUUUGCGGGCAUACAGAUGGUUAAAUGAUUUUGCUAGUGCAGUUCACAUCCUAGAGGUUGUUAAGGACAAAGCAGGACCUCAUAAAGAAAUCUAUCCCUAUGUCAUCCAGGAACUUAGACCAACUUUAAAUGAACUGGGAAUCUCCACUCCAGGGGAACUGGGCCUUGACAAAGUGUAAACCCCAUGGAUGGCUUCUCAAGGAUUUAUUCAUAAUGCUA